ACCGCUCACGUCCUCACUGUGUCAUUCUCCUUGGCCUGGUUCCGGAGCUCUCCGCAGUCAGUGGUGGGCGAAGUGCAGCCUUAGAGAACAGUGUCUGUGAUUCUCCAGGGGUCGUGCACCCCUUGUCCCCAGGCAGAAGUCUGGGCUGAGCUCAGACUUCUAGGCGCUUUCUAGGCGCUUUCUGGGCGCUUCAGUAUUGUCGGUUAGUUGUCAGUCAAAACUAAUACUUUUGUAAAUACAAUUUAAAAUAAUAUUAGUCAAACCCAUAGAUCGUACAACAUCAAUAGUGGACUCUAAUCUAAAUUAUGGAUUUCGGAUGAUAAGCCAAGAUCAAGAUGCCUGGUAAAACCAAUGCUUCUAAGAAAACGUCUCAACAAUUGAAAAAAAAUUCAAAAGGAAAAGUCGAUAAUGAGGAACUGGAGUUGUCAGAGAAACAGGUUAGAAACUUAGGAAAAAGAAAUAAAAAUCAUCCAAAGCAUUUGUCUACUGAAGCAGGACAAAUAAAACAUACUAAUCUAAAACAGAUAAAGAUAGCAUCCAAAAAAAGAAAAACCUGGCAACCUCUUUCAAAGAGUGUCAGACAGCAUUUGCAAACUAUGAUCGAAUCAGUAACAAUAGCAAUUUUAAGUAACAAUAUUAAAGAAAAAGAACAAAUUCAAUAUCAUCUCAACUACCUGAAGAUAAGAUUGCUACAGUUGUGUGAAACUAUGAAAGUCCCUCCCAGAAAGCUGAAAUAUUUAACUAAUGUUUCAAAUCUACUGAAAAUGGAAAAGGCACAAGCUAGAGCUAAUGAAGAAGGUCUGGCAUUAUUGCAGGAAGAAAUAGAUAAAAUAGUGGAGACCACAAAAUCAAUGACUGGAAAUAUUCAGAGACUAAAGAACAAAAUUCAGAUUGAGGCACAUGAGGUAGAAGAAGAGGAGGAAAAGGUAAAACAGAUGCUUCAAAUGGAUUGUAGUGGGGUACUCUCUCUUCCAGAACUUUCUCAGAACAGUCUUAAAGCACCCACACUUCAGAAAGAAAUUUUGACAAUAAUUCCAAACCAAAAUGCUCUUCUAAAGGACUUGGAUGUUCUUCAGAGUUCAUCCCAGAUGAAGAACUUGUCAAUGUUCAUCGAAGAAGCCUAUAAGAAACUAGAUGCCUCUUAAAGAGUUUAUUUUUUAGAUUGUUUCAUAUUGAUGUUAUGUUUAUGGAUUUGUAAAACUGUUAACCUAUGAUGGUGUCGUACAGGCCAAAGCCUAAUAUGCACUUUAAAAUUAGCAUCUAAUGUAGUCCUGAAAACUCAGUUUACAGCAGCUGCUAAAUCUAGAAAAUCAAUAUCUAUAUUGUUGUAUCAAGUUAUUUGCCUAAACCCAUAAAAUAAGAAUAGUCAUGAUCUUAGCACAGAAUCGUCACAUUGUGACUUUGUAUAUGUAAAGUGUUUAUAGUGCCUAAUGAAUAACAAUAUAAGUAUUUGCUAUCACUCAUUCUUUAGCUGAUAGCUUACAUUUUUCUGUCUAGUCACCUGGAACUUGAAAAAUUCCCAAAAACCUUUACUCUUACCUAACUCACAGUCUUUUUGUACAGUAAUUAAGAUUUGCCAAGUAUCUUUAACUUUAAAAGUAGCAUCAGAUUUUAUUUCUUUGGUUGGUUAGUAAGUAGAUGUUGAAUAUUUAUUUUCUGCCUUCAUCAAAGCAUACUUUUAUUUUUAAAAAUUAUUAAACAGAAACCUAAGCACAUUUAGCCCUUAAAACAAAUAUCAACCAAAAAUCUUUUGGGAAAGCUGAAUAUAUAAGAACUGAUUGCCAAAGGCAAAAGAUAUUGAAACCAAAGAAGGCAGCAGACAAAUUCUGGAUUACAUGAAAUGCAGUUUAUUAGAGACUAUGGAGGACGUCCUGUGUGGCAGCAAGACAAAAGAGUCGCUUCACCCUGCAGCAGGAGGAGGCUAGAUGAAAGCAUCCCGCAGCCAACCAAAAUGCACCUGGGCUUUCUCAAAUACUGUUAACAUGUCAAAACUCAGUUUAAUAGACAGUUCAGGUGUCAGUGUCCAACACAAAUACUCAGCUGACUAUCUUAAUGGAUUUACUUAUUGUACAGAGUUUGGAAUACAUGCCAGGGUCCCCUGAUGGUGAGAUGAUGUUUAAAGCUGGAUCCCUACAAAUCCCUUUCUUACAAACUUUUCCUCUUUAUGUAAUAAGCGUAUAAUGUUUCAAUAAGUGAUUAAAUAUAAAUAUGUCAAAAACCUUUCCUAAGCCACUACUGUAUAUUAUCUUGGUUCUUUUAUCUAUUUGUAAAAUAAAUUAACUAUAGUUUUUCUGUCUAACUGAGAAACUUUUUCUGUUUAGAAGAUGCCGUAAUUCUGUUAAUAUCCUCCAGGCAGAGACUACCAAGAACACAUCUGUAGUUAAGCAGAUUGAGUUUAAUGUUAAUUGUAAUGAGGUCAACCAUAUAUCCUUGGGAUCCUGGAACAGCUCAGUAAAAGGAUAAACACAAUAUCCUCUUAGGAAGCCAUGGUAAGCGGACCAUUAAUGAAUUUUAAAGGAGAAAGAAAGUCUUCAGGAAAGGAAGCUGGCAAAGCAACUAAAAGUAAAAUUCUGCUGAAGGAAGAAAAUUUGGUUUAACUUUUUUGAGAGACUAUGAAUAUGCUGUAGACCUUAGCAUGAUAUAAUCAUUUAAAAAUCCUUUAUAUGAGCCCUUCUAUUUGCCCAACUCUGAGUUGGGCGUAUCUAGCAAAUAGGCUUUGUUUAAUACGAGGCACCUGUGCUGGAACCUAAAAUUAAGGGAUUUACUUUUAUUUGGUUGGAUAGAAUUUCUUGGCAUUCUCUGUUUACCAAAAAUACGCAGUUGCACCUGUCAAAAUUAAUUAGUAUUUGAAUGAUUUGCAUUGGCUUAGUUUCUAAGCAUAAGACUAACUGCACUCAUGUUUUAUUCAUCAAGAAAUAUUCAGCUUUGGGGAAGAGAAAAGUAAGAACAAAUUCACAUUUCUCAGUUGGACUUUAGCAUGUCUAAAGUGACUGAGCCUGUUUUGUGUUCUAACUAGCUUUUCUUAUUAAAAGUUGCUGCAAUUAAAUGUAUUUCUUCUUAACCACCACAGAAACACUUCCUCUUGGUCUAAGUAUUUCUUUCCCUCAUUAAAGUGGCUUCUGUUAAAGGACUGUGAUUUUCAGUACCAACCCUAACAAAGAUGAUUAUAGUGGUUAAAAUUGGACAGAGGAAAAUCUGUGCAAAAAACCUGUACAUAAAUGUUCAUUAAUAUUCAUAGAAGAUUUAUUCGUAAGUGCAAUAAAGAAUGAGAACAAAAACAGUUGGACAGAGGAAGAUGAUGUUUUCUAAAUUCAUAAAACCACUAUAGAGUACAUUUUAAAAAUGAAAUUGUUCAUUUCAUUUAGAAACAAAUGUGCUGUUGCCAAUUUCAUCCCAUUUCCACUCCCUAGGAGUUUCUUAAAAUUAAUGCAAAUUUUCGAAUGUGACAAGAAGGCUAUACAAUAAAAGCAAUGAUAAAAAUUGCUGGUGUUUAUUGAGUGCCUGCUGAAUGCCAGGCACUGUUCUAAAACAUUACAUGUAUACAUGUGUUUAUACCAAUGUUAAUAACAAUCUUUAAUCCUCUAUGGGAUUAAACCUCAGUUGUCACUAUUAUCUCUAAAAGAUGAAGAAACAGGCACUGGAAGGUUAAUUAACUGUUUUUUAAGAUCACACAAUUAGUAAGACAUUGAACUAGGAAGUGAAAGAAAUAAUUUGUUAUGGGCCAGGCUAUAUGGGCAAUGAACAGACUCCAUUUUACCCUGAGACUCUAUGUCAUAUAGGAAAUGCUUCUCCUGUGGGAAUCCCCUGCCUCUAUCCGGCAACAGUUGCUUAGCAUAGCAUGUUUGGCAACACAAAAUGUCAAUUCUUAAAUAAUGUAAAAUUGUUCUCCUUUUGGUUCCUAUUUUUCUUGGACAGUGUACCCUGUCAGAGAAUGAUUGUCUAGAUGUUAGUAAUCAUUCUUUAACUUGUACCCGACUAAGGUAAUUUUGACUUACUUCCCCUUCUGCUUAUGAUUUUAGAUCUCAUGAUGUUAGUUUGUAGUUUUGAAUCAUAGCAAAAGACACUAUGAUUAAUGUACCACCAUUUAUUUAUUUAUGGUAUAAAAAUGUACCAACAUAAAUGUAUUUGUGGUAUAAAAACCCUGCAACCCUACGCUCGGGGCUGUCCUCCCAAUAGCCAUUUUGGGUGUUGUGUGAGACAGUCAGACGACUGCUAAAAAAGACUCAAAUUUGGACUUCUCAGUGGUGAUUGACCAAUGCUUAAGUUGUGCUCCACAACAAAUUGACACUUCUUAGGAAUUUUCUACUAAGCUACACUUAGAAGGGGCUACUGAAUCUAAUGAAUAUAUUCUAUUACAACAAAGUACAAAUGCAUGUAUUUUGGGAGUAUAAUGAUAAUUUGUAUUUCUGGGUUUGUUUACUUGAGUUAACCUAAGAAAAUCCCUUUAAAUUUAUCUGACAUUUACCUCCUUUUUCUUUUUCCUUUUAAUCUCAGAGUUGAAAUUUCAUAUUAGCCUGGUUAGUCUAGCCCAAAUUUAAUUUCCUUCGACCAAAGCAGUUUUCCUGGGAAAGUACAUUUUGCAUUUUUGGUUAUUUUUCCUUCAGGCAAAAAGCAACUGUUCUAAUUAUUUUGGAUGUUUAAUAGAAAACAAAGAACCUUUCAAAAAGGCUGAAGUUUGUUUUGGUUGCAUGUGGGAAACAUGAUGAAUUUAAACUUAGAGAAAUUAUUUUAUGUUUCAGCAUCCAUAAAUAACCCCUCCCCUCCCUAAAUGUUAGUUUUCAAUAGGAUAUUCUACUUACUACCAUAGCGUUUCUUUUCUGCAAAUAACAGCUUCUAUUCAAAUUUUAGAGUCUAUUUUACUCGUUAACAUUUAGGAAAAAAACAAAACAUAAGUUCCUUAGGAGCAAAAACAGGAAUGUGUUGCCCUCAGUAACAUAUCUUUUAAAAAAUUUGAGUACACCAAGAUCAAAAUCACUUAUUUUGAUCCAUAAUUGAUAUUUUUAAAAAUUUGUCCCAUCACUUUUAACUACCAACUUGCCCAGUGUGUUGUGCAGCCCAGUGUCUUCUAGUAGAGAAUGUCUUAAUAAUUUUAUGAAACAUAAAGAUGGUGAACAACAUCCUCCCCAUUUGACCACAUGCAAAUUGAAGUACUGUCCAUAUUCUGACGAGACAUUUGUAUGACUUACCGUUCCAAAGCUUAGGUAUUGCCACUGUGUACUGGGAUGUCCAAGCAAAUACUUAUGAGGGGGCUGAGAUUGCAGCCAUUUGAGGAAAAGUAAACUUUUUCAAAGAAUAAGGUGAAGGAAUUAAAAUUUACAGAAUUACUCAAUUCCACAAGUAUCCUCUCCAGAGAUUAUCCCCUUUCAGCUUUGAAAGUUUAGUGCAGCAUAGUCAUUUUUUUCAAAACAGGUAAAAAUACCUCAGAGGUUAGUACCUCUAUGUCAUUUUCUUAUUCCUCGUUUGCCUGUGUCACAUUCUGUAUUUAUCCCCUUCUCUGACAGCCUGAUGAAUAGAUAGGUUGUAUGUCUUAAAAAUGUCCAUCUCUAAAUCAAAUUACUGCUCCCUGGCUUUUAAACUUUUAAGACUAAAUGGGAUAGAAAAAGGUAGAACAAAACUACUUACAUUCUGUUUGAGAUGAUUUUCACCUUACAAAGAUCAUAAACCCGCCCCUUCUACAGGUGUGGGCACUUUGUCCUCCCUCUUUCCACUAACGACUAAUUAGAGAAAUAGCCUUAAGUAUAAAUUUACCAUUUAUACAGAGGGAGCUACUGCAUGGAUACACAGCUAAAAGAUCUCAGUUUCAGACUGAACUCUCAAUAGCAGGUAAGCUUUUUUUUUUCCCACUAAAAUAAUAAAUUCAAAAUCAUUGGUUUAUAAUUGCAGGAAAGAAUAUGAGAAAUGGAGAUGAAAUUGAUCUUAUGCAGAAAGAAUAAAUACUUUGUUUUGUUGGUAUGCAUUUUCUUUUUAAAUUUUUUGAUAUGAGAACAAUAGGUAUUAUGAAAUAUAAAACUGCAUUGUGAUUUGGGCACAACUAAAGUAAUAGUAAUCUCUCUGAACCAAAAAACUUUAAUAUAUAAUGAUAAUAUAUAAAUAUGAGCAUUGAAUUGUGAGUACUUAAAAAGAAAGUUUUUCCUCAUUAAUAAAAGGCCCACUAUUGUAUUAUAAAUGCUGUAUUAUACCAUAAAAACAGGUCUUACAGGGGGGUUUUUUGUUGUUGUUUUUGUUAAUAAAAAUUGCAGUUUUCUCAAGGGAGAGUCAUAUUUCAUUGUUUGAUUAAUAUUUAUCAGAAAAGAAUUUCAGGUGCUUGCUCUCCUGAUGAACACUCAAAUGCUCCAAAGACUCUUCAGUUCCUAAAACUGAUAUGUGUGUGAUCAUUUUUCUUGACUAAGACUUUCAAUUUGUGAGUCUGUUUUUGGUAACUGUUGGGUUAAAGGAGUUACAAACACAUUUACCUUCCAAUUCUAAAACACAUACUGAUUAUGGGGAAGCUGAAUGGGAAGUUGAAGAUUCUUGUGAUCUUGUAGAUUUUCAGAGUUCGCAGUUGUCAUUAUGUCUUUUUAAUAUAAUUCAAAAAUGUGUAAGCAUGUUUUCUUCAUCUGCGAGGAUUUCUGCAUUGUUUGUAUCAUUUUAAAAAAAGCAGAUCUUUGUAUUUAGUGACAUCUCCAUAAAAUAUGUCACUGUUUACUGAAUGCGUAUUUUCAAAUGUUGUGUUAACUAUAGUGUCUUCUCUAUGUGAAUUCAUGGGAGAAAUGUCUCAUUUUAAUUUGUCACCCUGAGUAAUUUGUUUGUGAGUUGCAAGAGCUUAGUCUAGAAAGGUAGAUUGAUGCCUGAUCAAGGAGGGUUUUGACUAUUAAUAAAUUAGAGAACUGGACUUUAGAAAUGCCAUAAGUGAAAGAAC